CACCAUUUCAUCCUCAUCUCCUUCUCUACCUAUCAUCCAAGAAUUCCGUGAAUCUCAUUCCUCAGUCCACCACCCGUAAUGUCCCAGCCCACCACUGUCCACGUUUCAGGCAUCUCGCCUGCCACCACCGAUAAGGAGGUUCAGGAUUUCUUCAGCUUCUGUGGAAAGAUCACUUCUAUCUCGGUGACGCCGGUCUCCAGUGAAUCAGACUCUCUCAAGUCCGCAACCGUGACUUUCGAAAAGGAAGCAGCCGCCAAAACUGCCAUCCUUCUCGACAAUACCCAAUUAGGCCCGUCGACCGUGCACGUCACCGCAGCGCAGACCCUCGACGACAUCGCCGGCAGCAAAGCCGGUGCUGAUACCGAGAUUCCAGACGAAGGCCACAUUCCACAGGAAGAUAAGCCCCGCUCUCGAAUCGUCGCUGAGUACCUCGCCCAUGGCUACGCGCUGAGCGACCAGGCCCUCCAGAAGGCAAUCGCCCUCGACCAGAAGCACGGCGUGUCCACUAAAUUCACCACGGCCCUGUCCAACUUCGACAAGAAGUACCACGCCACCGAUCGUGUAAGGGGAUUCGAUGAGAGUUACAAGAUCAGCGACAAGGCUUCCACUGGCUGGCGGGGGCUUCAUUCGUACUUCGAGAAGGCUCUCGGCACGCCUUCCGGGCAGAAGCUCCGUGACUUCUAUGUCAAGACCGACAAGCAGGUGCGGGACAUCCACGAGGAGGCGAGGAGAUUGGCAGACUUGAAGAACGGGAAGACAGAUACGUCUGCAUCAGCACCUACGCCUGCCGCUGCUGCUGCUGCUGCUGCUCCCACAACCGCAUCAUCUUCCGAGCCUGCUCCUCCGUCUACCGCUCCUGCUGGACCAACAGCCUAAGCCUCCCAUAUGUUUUUUUUUUUCAAUUAAUCUCCUAGAAUGACUUUAUUUCUCCUCUGAACCAUGAUGUCAUGUCUCUGUGAAUGAACGCGUCACGAUAAUUUACCACCCGCUGACUGAUUAAUUUACAAUUAUCGAAAUGAGUGUUAUAUAUAUAUAUAUAUAUAUCGAAGUGCUUUGCACAGGGAGCGAUACCAUACCAAUAUCAUAUACGAAGUAAAUAAACUAUUCUCAG